CUUGACAAGAAUCGGGUUUUGAGAGGCACAUACAUUCUGUACGAAUUGACUCGAAAUUUCAGUUCGUGUCGAGUGACGACGAAGAUGAGCACGUUGCUGCUCGCCGACAAGGAACGGAACAAGCGCGUGAACAAGGUCGAGAAGCUCCAUCAGAAAGCCAUCUACCUCUCGAAGAAGAUCGACAAAGCGCAGUGGAAGCAAGUCGUGUUCGGAAAUGACAGUGAAAAACUACGGGAGUGGCAGAAGGAGGAAGCUUCGAUCAACACCAAGAUUGCCAAUGUACGUGCAGACAUGCUCAAGAAGAUCCAGAAUCCACUUGAGCUGUUUCCAGCCGUUCAAGUGGCAUGGCAUGCGGCGAAGUUCGGUCUCCUCCACCUGCUUCAGGCACACGUCCGCACCCCCGGCGCAUUGGAAUACCGCGAAGUGUCGUCGCAGACCACCGUUUUGCAUGUUGCAGCCUACUUCGGAAAUUUGGAUUGCGUACAAUUCCUUGCUCAAGCCAAUGCCGAUGUGAACGCAACGAACUCUCACGGCUCAACGCCCCUGCAUUGCGCAGCAGAACAGCACCAUGCAGAAGUGGUUGCAUUUCUAUUGUCGCUUCCGCAAGUGGACCCAUACCUCCGCAACACGGCGGGACUCCUUCCCACGCACAUCGUGCGCAAAGGUGCGAGUCUCUUGGGGGACAAGUACGGCCGAUUUGCCAAGUGCAGCCGGGCGUUGGACGCUAGAUGCGCCGUGAUCCAUGGCUGGUUAUUCGAAAGCCGCCGCGACACCCUGCUCAACCGCCUCGUGCUCGAGAACGUCGGUCUAAAGGCCCACUCGUGGCACCAACGAUACGUCUAUGUACUCCGCACCAAUACAGCAUCCACAGAGCUCGAAUUCGUCGCGUACGAAACCACCGCGCCCAGCGCAUGCCCUGCCGUUCCAUUAUGGGUGGCCGUGUACCACAUGGGCGAUCCAAUCACUUCCCCCAUUCCCAAACGAAACCUCAGCAACAAGCCCCACACGUUCUCGUUCGACGGGCUCCAAACGUUCCCUGCUGUCGGUGCUGCCCACAUCCACACGAAAACAACUUUUGAGUUCGCUGCGCUCAGCGAAGAAGGGUUCUCGACAUGGAUGCAGUUCUUUGAGCAUGCUUUCAUCGACGCCUCCGUCAUGGCGCUUCCGGCGACCACGAGACCAUCCACUGCCCAGACAGACAGGCCGUUGUCAUCCUCCCUUGCCCGCCUUUCAAGAGCCCCAUCAGCCCCCGUUGAAGAGCAGGUCGACCAAUUGUUCUCUUCAACCACUGUCACCCAACAAGUUCCGUACGAGGAAUUGUUUCCAUCCACGACCGUGGUCCUCCCAGUGGCCAAGACCCUGACAGUCGUGCCUCCAUCACCCACCGCCACUUCUUUCACUCCUUCCGCCCCCGACCUCACCGCGUCCUUGCUCAUCGCUACCGCCGCCCCAGCCGCGCCACACGCAAACGAGUGUGUCGUGUGCUUCGACAACCCCAAGGAAGGCGUGUGCGUCCCGUGCGGCCACCACGCCGUUUGCAUGACGUGUGCUGGCAGACUCCUGAAUCAACCAUCCAAGACCUGCCCCGUUUGCCGGGGCGACGUCCGCGAAAUCAUCCGCAUGUAUCGCUGUUAACGAGCUAAUCGAACCAAACCCUCGUGUCGCA